AUGCGUGCAUUACCAACCCUCACCUCCGCCAAGAGGGCGCUUCUCCCAGCCCUUCUAGCGUCCAUCGCUCUUGUCCUACCCCAAACCUCAACACACUUACCUCCCUCUCUCAUUCACAGCAGCCUCCCCACCCUUGACUCCAAAGCCCAAGUCAAGAACGACCAAAGAGAAUAUAUCUCGACCGCAACCAUUUUCUCAACCAUCAUCGUCCCAACAGCCACAGAGUUAACUACCAUCCUCACCGUCAUCACCAACGCUCCUGCUCCUUCACUCUCAGCUUCCACGACCACCUCUUCACUUGGGACUUCUAUAUCAUCCACAUCUAACUGCAUCGUCGAAGGCGGAGCAAACCGCAUCUGCAUUACCGUCGUACCCAUCUGGCCAACCAACACCCUCGCCCAAGCCCAAGCGGUAGAAGUAAAGAGACAAGCCCAGACCCAGACCCCCUCCAUUUCGUACUCCUCCACAGCAGUAACCGUCAUCGAGAUGUUAACGGUGAUCGUUGCCCCCCACACAACCUACACACUCACUGGGUUCGUGCCGUUUUUGACUACCUCUACCUCUUCGGCUCCCAUUCCUACUACUACCACUACUACUACCGCUACCAGCGGUAUAACUACCUCUACUAGCGUCACUUGCCCCAGUCCCAGCUGGUUGAUUGAUGGCCACUGCGUCUACAACACCCCCGGGUGGAACCCCGCUCCGCAGAUCCCGACUGGGACGGACGAUUGGGCGGGUAGACCUCGUCCUCCUUGGGAGACGGGGACGAGGGCGGUAUAA